AUGGCUCGCAAGCAGUUUAUUCCUCUCGAAUCAGAUCCGAUCCUCUUUACAGAACUGUUACACAAGCUUGGUGUAUCCGACGAUCUCUCGUUCGUUGAUGUCCUUUCCUUGGAUGACCCGGAUCUCCUGGCGAUAAUCCCUCGACCGGUCUUGGGACUUAUCUUCAUCUUCCCUGGAACGGAGACUACUUUGGCGAGUGUCUCCGAGGUGGAGAAGCAGGCAGUUCCAUACACAGGCUCUGGUGAAGAUGAAGAUAUUGUUUGGUUCAGACAAACCAUUGGAAAUGCUUGUGGUUUGUAUGCACUACUACAUACCGUAUGCAACGGGAAAGCGAGGGAACACAUUCGUAAACAACCUCAUCCAGCUGAUCUACCCCGAGAAACGGGAACUACGCUCGACAAGCUGCUCAAAUCAGCUAUCCCUUUAAGUCCCGAAGACCAAGCGCACCUUUUGGAAUCGUCAACGGAACUCGAAGCAGCUCACUCAGCAUCCGCACACCAGGGUCAAUCCAGCGUCCCCACCGCUCAAGUCCAUACUCCUUUCCACUACGACGCUUUUGUCAAAUCACACAAGUCUGGAAAUCUGUACGAGCUGGCUGGGUACUGGAAAGGACCGAGGGAUCUAGGUCGUGUAUUGACGGACGAGGAAGACCUGCUGAGCGAUAACGCGCUUGCGUUCCUCAAGCAGUAUGUCGAGAGAGAGCUCAAGGCUGGGGGAGAUCUGUCAUGGGGUUUUAACCUGAUGGCUCUUGUUCCGACACAGAAUUAG